GACUCAGACCGGACCCGACCCGAGCUGCUCCACGGACCCGGUUCACAGACCUGGUGCAGCGCUGAUCCAACUCUAACUGAACACGUGCCCCCGCCUCACCAACAGCAACCAUGACGGCCAUCAACGCUCCUCGAGACAAAUACCAUGCAGUCUGGAUCAUUUUCUUCAUCCUGGGUCUUGGAACCCUCUUACCAUGGAAUUUCUUCAUGACAGCAACAAUGUACUUCACCAGCCGGUUGAAGGACCCGCCCACCGAUCUCCCCACCAAUGUCACGGCGAACAGCACAAUGGAGGGCGUGGACACUCGGAAUGUGCUGGAGUCCAAGUUCAACAACGUGAUGACUCUUUGUGCCAUGGUGCCUCUGCUCAUCUUCACCUGCCUCAACUCCUUCAUACACCAGAGGAUUCCUCAGAAGCUGCGGAUCUCCGGCAGCCUGGGGGUCAUCCUGGUGGUUUUCCUGCUCACGGCUGUCUUCGUCAAGGUGGACAUGGCCCCAAUGACCUUCUUCACCGUCACUAUGAUCAAAAUUAUCUGCAUCAACUCGUUCGGGGCGAUUCUUCAGGGCAGCCUGUUCGGGCUGGCGGGGUUACUGCCUGCCUCCUACACCACUCCCAUCAUGAGCGGACAGGGGCUGGCCGGCGCCUUCGCCGCUUUCUCCAUGAUCUGCGCUCUGGCCUCUGGAUCGGCCCUGCAGGACAGUGCUUUUGGUUACUUCAUCACUGCCUGUGUUGUUAUUCUCCUGGCCAUCAUGUCCUACUUCGCCCUGCCCAGGAUGGAGUUUUUCCAGUACUACACAGAGAGCAAUAGAUCCAGACCAUCUGAUGAUGAAGAGAACAAGAUGGACUUUCUCAAAAAUGAAAGUCCAGCAGAGAAGCGACCGGUGGUGAGUCUGAUGGAGGACGAGGCCAAACCGAGUGUGUCUGUGAUAAACAUCUUCAAACAGAUCUGGGUGAUGGCCCUGUCGGUGUGCUUCAUCUUCACCGUCACCAUCGGAACAUUCCCAGCUGUGACCGUUGAGGUCAAGUCCACAGUAGCAAACGGAGGAGGCUGGGAUAAGUACUUCAUCCCUGUGUCAUGUUUCCUCCUCUUCAACGUGAUGGACUGGGCUGGCAGGAGUCUGACGGCCGUCUGUAUGUGGCCGGGUAAGGACAGCCUCUGGCUUCCCGUCCUCGUGGGUCUGCGCGUCGUCUUCAUCCCCCUCUUCAUGCUGUGUAAUGUUCAGCCUCGUAACUACCUCCCCGUGCUGUUCAGCCACGACGCCUGGUACAUCAUCUUCAUGAUCUUCUUCUCCUUCUCCAACGGAUACCUGGCCAGUCUCUGCAUGUGCUUCGGACCCAAGAAGGUGCCCCAGCACGAGGCAGAGACGGCGGGGGCCAUCAUGGCCUUCUUCCUGUCCCUCGGCUUGGCGUUGGGCGCUGCAGUGUCGUUUGCUUUCCGGGCCAUGAUCUAAAACCUCCAGCAGACCCAGAGCAGACGACCCUGGCCUCCAACAACCUUCCCCGCCGAGUUCCUAGGCCUGAGAAGAGGCAGCAGAGACGACCGGAGGACGAGCACCGCCUCGUCUCAUCCAGUCACCAUGGCAACAAAAUGAGCUGAAAAGUUACUGAUUUCGUUUUUAUUUGCUCCAAAAACUAAACUGUUCUGGGUUUUAUGUUUGUUUUUAUUUGUUUUGUAUCAAUGCUACUGAUCAAAGAGGCUGUUUUCUCUGAGAUGAAACCAAAAAAUUAAAAAAAAGAAGUCCGUUGAAGUGAACUCACGUAGAAGACGACUGAAAGUUUCCAAUUUUCCAAACAGAGAAUGAAGACGUUCUGCACACUUAGCAUCAAAGAGCCCUCAUUUAUAAACCUUUUGCACAAAACUAUAAAAGAAUAUUGAUAAUUGUGUUAAUGAAGUUUAAACAUUUUAUUUUUUCUGCCUUUAUAAUUCACAUGAAGUCACGUUGGUGUGUAAAUCAAGUCUCAACACAUUUGAAACACUGCAGGUGUUUGGCUCGUCUACAUUACCUUGAACACUUCAGCUCAUUCGUAAGUGAAGUGGGAUCCUCCACGUUUGUUUUGCUCAUCGAGCACGAAACAACAAGCAGGACGUCGCUCGGCCGUGACUGUUGCAGCUUUUAACUCAGAUCAGGCCAAAUACACAAAGACGUGGGAAAACGAGAAACUCUGGAGGGAAGGUCACGACCCUGCAAAACCGCUCCGCUCCCUCCGUCUGCUUCAGUGUCGCCUCGGGCCUCCUCUGUUUGUCAGCGUAGAAAAACCCUCAAUGAAUGUAAUAUGGACUGAAUCCUGCAGAGGAAGUUUAAAUAGAUCACAUGGGCCGUUACCCUUCCUUCUGAAUGUUCAUCGGUAAAAUUCCUCUCCUGUAGUUUUAUAUGAAGUCUGACCACUAUGUCUGUUUAUCUGGACACAUCUUCUGCCCCGUCCUCUGAGGUCCUUGUCUACUUGUCAGGACGCGUGACGUCACCACGUCUCCCUGACGAAACGCACCAAGUAUUUUUGAACGGAGUGAAAAGUUGUCGGUGACACAAGUGUGCCAUAAUGAGCGAGUGUUUUUAAACCUCACUCUGCCUUUUUGUUUUUUUUCUGUCUGUGCCAAUUUUUCCGUCAAACGUGUUCUCGUGUGGGAUGAGAAUUUAUACAAGUAGUUAUUAGUUCAUUUAUGUUUUAAUGAAUGAAGGUGGAUAAAAAGCCGUCCGCCUGUUGGUGUGAUAUUUUGGUCUCUUGGAUUUUUGUGGCUUUUUAAUAAAAAACCCUGUCUGCUUUAGUUCUACACAGUUUUCACAAAGCCAGCAGCGUCCAUCAUUAUAGCUCGUUUGUCUGAAAGCACAACGUGGGUCUGUUUGUCGGACCGUGGAAAUGUUACUUAAAUUGCAGCUUCAGACAGUUCAGUGAUGAAA